AUGCAGAUCUUCGUGAAGACACUCACCGGCAAGAUCAUCACGCUUGAGGUCGAGUCCUCUGACACAGUCAACAAUGUGAAGGCGAUGUUCCAGGAUAAGGAGGGUAUCCCGGUGGACCAGCAGCGCCUCAUCUUUGCUCGCAAGCAGCUUGAGGAUGACCGGGGACACCUUGAUUACAAUAUACAGAAGGAGUCCAUCCUCCACCUGGUGCUCAGGCUCAGGGAUAUCCAGAUCUUUUUGAUGACAAUCACUGGCAAGAUCAUCAUGUUUGAGCUUGAGUCCUCCGACACAAUGGAUAAUGCAAGGCGAAGAUCCAGGAUAAGGAGGGUAUCCCGCCGGACCAGCAGGGCCUCAUCUUUGCUGGCAAGCAACUGGAAGAUGGCCGGACCCUGGGCGAAUAUAACAUCCAGAAGGAGUCGACACUCCACCUUGUGUUGA